ACUACGUUAGGUAGUUGUGGUUCACAGAACAGGGAGAGCUGUGUCAGAGAUUCGUCAGCCGAAAAGGGAAGUGGUGUUGUGGGUGAGACGAAAUUAGAUUCUCUGAGAGAAAAAGGAUGUGAAAGCAGCGACUUUGAGGCUAGGUCGCAGGGCAUCCCAGCAAACAGCCCGUUAGGAAUUUUGCUAAAACGUUGGAAUAACAACCCAUACACUCUCGGGAAAUCAAGAGAGACGAUGGUCUAUUAUUGUAUUGAAGUGUGGGGAGGCAGACCAAUAGGGAGUGGUAUUUGCUGGCCGAUUUAUGGCUCAUUUGAAAGUUGGAUUUGUGAGAUGCUGAAUUUUCACGUUAAUGAAAAAAGACCCUAUUGUCCGGAGGAGUGCAAAUAUGCUGUUAUCUGGUUGGGGUCUAGUACUCCUACUCGGUUAUUCCCACUUAAAGAACAGGGAAAGCAAGUAAAUUGUAAUAAAGAUUCUGAACUCCGGAGUUCACCUCCCCCUUAUAUCCCUCCGUACUGGGAGGAAAGUGAAGUGACACCAAGUGCUCCAAGGGUGUCAGAACCCGCCAUCUUACCUGAGCAAAGGCGGGAAUCCACCAUUUUAAGUCCAGCAGGGCGAAAGCCCGCCGAUUUCUCGGCACAAGGGCGGGAAUCCGCCAUUUUAUCCACACCAGGGCGGGAAUCCGCCAUUUUAUCCACACCAGGGCGGGAAUCCGCCAUUUUAUCCACACCAGGGCGGGAAUCCGCCAUUUUAUCCACACCAGGGCGGGAAUCCGCCAUUUUAUCCACACAAAGGCGGGAAUCCGCCAUUUUGUCGUCCACCUCUGUACACCUGUCAGCCGAUAAAGCUAGUGAGUCUUUCUUACCUAAUGAUAUAACAGAGGCUCAUGGAAUAGCUGAACACCCCCCUCAGAAGUCUCAGUUAUACCCUCUUCGUGAAACAGCCGUGCCAGGGAGACAAGGAGGUAUAGGAUUUGUAUCGGUACCUCUCAGUUCGGGGGACGUACGGGCUUUUAAGAAGGAAAUGGGAAAUUUAUUAGAAGACCCCAUAGGGGUUUCUGAAAGAUUUGAUCAGUUUUUAGGGCCUAACACCUAUACGUGGGAUGAGAUGCAGGCAAUACUGGGCAUCUUGUUUACUGUAGAAGAAAGAGGAAUGAUUAGAGCAGCUGGCAUGAGAAACUGGGACAGAAGGCAUCAGCAGGGUCCUGCUGCUGAAACUAAAUGGCCUAUUGAGAAACCUAACUGGAAUAACCAAAGGCCAGAGGAUAGAGCUUUAAUGGAUGAUUUAAGAAGUAUAAUUGUUCAGGGAAUACGAGAAUCUGUUCCUAGGGGACAGAAUAUAGAUAGGGCAUUCAAAGAAUAUCAAAGAAAAGAGGAGUCACCUACAGAUUGGUUGGAGAGACUGAGAAAAAGUUUUCAACUGUAUUCGGGAAUGGAUCCUGAGGAUGAUGCAAUGGGACAGGCGGUGCUCAAGCUUAGGUUUGUCCAGGGAUCUUGGGAAGACAUUAGAAAGAAACUAGAAAAGAACAGAGACUGGCAGACAAAGGGAUUAGAUUUGUUGUUAAGAGAAGCUCAGGAGGUGUAUGUUAGAAGAGAUGAAGUAAGAGAAGAAGAGAAGCAGAGAAGGAAAGAGGAUAUGCAAAGGAAACAAACCAGGGUUUUAGUAGCAGCCAUCAAAGGAGAGCAAAAUGCUGUCAGAGAAUUAGAGAAGAAGGAAUCUUUUAGUCACAAUGAUCGGUCACAACGGGGAAAGAAUAAGAGGACUAAUUAUAGGGAACUUGAAUGUUACUAUUGCGGUCAGAAGGGACACAUUCAGAGGAACUGCAAAAAGAAGCAGAAAGAUGAACAAGUCUUCUUAGAAGACUGAAGGGGUCAGGGGCUCUAUCUGCUGGGGACCCCAAAGAAUACUGAGCCCUUGAUAAAAUUAAA